CCAAGCGCCGCCAGGGCGCGGUUGCUGCUGCAAACCACACCAUGUCGGCGACCACGAGCAUCGAAGUCCAGCCCGAGGCGUACUGUCUCAUGUUUCUCCACGCCUGCAAGUACCCAGCGCGCGCCGUCAACGGCUUGCUCCUCGGCACGGCGGCGGGUGACAGCGUAAAGGUGCAAAAGGCGCUUCCGCUCUUCCACAGCAGCUUCGCCCUGUCGCCGAUGCUCGAGACGGCGCUCAUGCUGGCCGACGAGCACUGCAAGUCAUCUGGCAAGCUGCAGGUGGUGGGAUACUACCAGGCCAACGAGCUGUGCGACGACCUCGAGCUGGGACCCUUUGGCAAGAAGAUCGCGCAAAAGAUCCGCUCUGUUUGUCCGCUCGCUGCGUGCCUCCUCAUCGACGGAGCGCGCAUGCAGCCGACUGCGCGCGAGCCCGGCCUGCUCCCCCUCGACGCAGACGGCAAGCGCAGCGCGGCGGCGCUCUCGCUACCAGACGCUGCGGCGGUGCAGCGCCUCGACGCUUACCUGCAGCACGGCGGCCAACACCUGCUCGUCGACUUUGACGCGCACCUCGACGACGCGACCAAGGACUGGCUCGGCAACUCGGCGCUGCUCUCCUCCGCCUGAUCCUUUGUGCCGGGCUCGCCCCGUGGCUUGCUGCCCGUGGCAGGGGAGGCGAGCAGGACACCCUGUGUGUGCCACGGCCUCUUCCCGCUUGGCUGACCCACGCGCCCUGCGCGAGGGGGGGGGCGUCACGUAUCGGGACUUUUGUAUUUCGAGUCGCUCGGGCUGCCGUGCCGCGUGCGAGUUUUUG